UCCUCUCUCUCUCUCUCUCUCCCUCUCUCUCUCUCUCUCUUCUCCUCGGGAAAAAGCGCACUAAAUGUAAUAACAACUCUCCACGCGCUUCUCCUCUCACGCUCAUGUUGUUUUCAGGCUCAUCUUUGGUCUGCUGUCGGCAGAUAUCCUCGGCAGGCUGAUGGUGGUUGGACUCAGCAAACUGUGAGAAGGAGGAGAAAGACAAGCGAGAGGAAAAACUCUGGCUGCAACGCUUUGGAGUUGGACUUGCUGCUGCUGCGUAAAAAGAAAAAAAAGAAAAGAAGAAAAAAGUCCCACCAGGCAACUCCAGAGGCACAUCUGCAAGUUAGAGAAGAGAAGAAGCUGAAGAAAGAAGAUUUUUUUAUUCCUGUGAAGAUAAAAAAGAAUUAAAAGAGGGGAUCACCCAGAAAGAAUCAUCCCGUCUCCAUGAGGUGUUGAGGAAUGAGCAAUCGCCAUGGAAACCCAGUCCCAGGCCAGUUCAGCAGCUGAGAAGAAGAAGAGGGUGGAGACCAUUGUGGCGACCAAGGGCUCAUCAGCGCGCAAUGACAUCAGCGAGAAGGCGGUGGCCUCCAGCACCACCUCAAACGAGGACGAGAGUUCAGGAACGCCUUACCACCGCGAGAGGCGCAAUGCCAUCAGCUCCCAGGCCCCGAGGCCCGGCGGCCCCGACAGGAGCGUAAGCGAGGAGCCCUCCACCUCCACAGAAGAACGCCCCUCCCUACUCAAGAAGGAGCUGCAUGGUUCCCUUCCCCACCUGACUGAGCAUGCCCUGCCGUACCGAGGCACUCUCUUCGCUAUGGACCCCCGCAACGGCUACCUAGACCCACACUACCCUGCACCGCAGUUCUUCCCCACCUUCCACCCUCCUGUGCCAAUCGACGACAGACAUACCCAGGGACGUUACAUCUACGAGCCUUCCCCUGUGCCCCCUCUUCAUGUGCCUCCCGGGCUGGCGGGCAGUCCGGCUUUCUCCGACAUCUCCCUCAUCCGGAUCUCGCCCCAGCGGAACCCCUCCGUGGGGGCGGAGUCGCCCUUUCACCCUCCGCACCCCUACAUCAACCCAUACAUGGACUACAUCCGCUCGCUCCACAGCAGCCCCUCCAUCUCCGUUCUGUCAGCCACCCGGGGCCUCAGCCCUGCAGAUGCCCCUCACACAGGUCUGACCACGGCCGAGUACUACCACCAGAUGGCUCUGCUGGCGGGCCACCGCAGCCCUUACGCGACCGACCUGCUCCCCUCUGUGGCGUCCACGGCCGGUGCCAGCAGCGCCAGCGCCUUGCACAUGGAAUACCUGCAGGCAAUGGAAAUGGCCAGCAAAUCGUCGCUGUGCCUUGAAAACCACGCAUCUCCAAAUUGUCAACUCUUCAUGUGCUACGACUCUCGCUUCUCGAGCCCGAGGCUGCCGUCACGGCCCAGCAGGAAGCGCCCGCUGCCCAUCUCGCCGCUCUCUGAGCACAGCUUCGACCUGCAGACGAUGAUCCGCAACUCGCCCAACUCUCUCGUCACCAUGCUGAACAACUCUCGCUCCAGCUCCUCCACCAGCGGCUCCUACGGUCACCUCUCUGCUGGAGCCAUCAGCCCAGCGUUGAGCUUCGCCUACCCUCCAACCCCGGUGGCUUUGCACGUGCACCAGCAGCUGAUGGGCCGUCAACCGGGCCUCGUGGGCUCUGCCUUUGGCCACAGUCCGCCCCUCAUCCACCCGUCGCCGGCCUUCGCCACCCAGAGGCCCGUACCCGGCAUCCCUCCCUCAGGGCUCAGCGCCAGCGAGCGCUCAGCCCUCUCCAACGACUCCUCACAGACCAAACCAACAAGUGAAUCUGCGGUUAGCAGCACAGGAGACCCGAUGCACCACAAACGCUCCAAAAUGAAACCAGAGGAAGAGUUGCCGAGCCCAGGCGCUGUGAGCGUACAGGACCAUCCGGAUGGGAUGACCCUGGUGAAGGAGGAAGGGGACAAGGAUGAGAGCAAACAGGAGCCAGAGGUGGUCUAUGAGACAAACUGCCACUGGGAGAACUGUUGCCGCGAGUUCGACACGCAGGAGCAGCUAGUACAACACAUCAACAAUGACCACAUCCACGGGGAGAAGAAGGAGUUUGUGUGUCGAUGGGAGGAAUGUUCUCGAGAGCAGAAGCCCUUCAAGGCACAAUACAUGCUGGUGGUCCACAUGCGCAGACAUACUGGAGAAAAGCCCCACAAGUGCACAUUUGAGGGCUGUGCCAAGGCCUACUCCCGUCUGGAAAACCUUAAGACUCACUUACGCUCGCACACCGGAGAGAAACCUUAUGUGUGUGAACACGAGGGCUGCAACAAGGCCUUUUCCAACGCCUCAGACCGGGCGAAACAUCAGAAUCGCACACACUCUAACGAGAAACCGUACGUGUGUAAAAUCCCAGGCUGCACCAAACGCUACACGGACCCGAGCUCCUUACGCAAGCACGUGAAGACGGUGCACGGGCCAGAGGCGCACGUCACCAAGAAGCAGCGUGGGGAUUACCCGCGUCCUCCGCCCCCACGGGAGCCGGGGGGCAACGGCCAGGGCCGGUCGCCAGGGCAACUGCCCCUGGGUGGGUACACGGACCAAAGGGAGUACAACCAUGCUACCUCAAAACAGGAUGAAUGUCUGCAGGUCAAGUCCAUCAAGACAGAGAAGCCUAUGACGUCUCAGCCAAGCCCUGGCGGUCAGUCUACAUGCAGCAGUGACCAGUCCCCCGUCAGCACCUAUCCCAGCUGUGGAGUCCAGCUUGCUGUGAGCGCCGGACGCUCGCCAGGGGAGGGGCUGGAGGAGGACGAGGAGCAAGAGGACAUCGAAGAGGAGGUGGAGGAGGAGUGCGAGGGCGAGCGAGCCCCCAUCAUGGACUCCACAGUCUCCACGGCGACCGCGGCCAUGCUGACCCUGCAGGCGAGGCGAAGCGUCGGCCGCCCCGUGCGCUGGAUGGAGCACAUCAAGAUGGAGAGGCUGAAGCAGGUGAACGGAGCGCUGCCCAGGCUGGGGACCCUGUCCCCUACACCGCCCCCUAAAGGUUCCACACUACCCAACAUCCUGGGGAAGGGAUCCUGUCUGGGCAGGCAGUGGGGGGUGUCUGCUCCUCAGCCACCUGCUCAUGCUGAGCUGGGCAGCACAGAGCUAACGGUGCUCAAUUUGCUCCGAGACCGGCGUGACAGCAGCGGCAGCGCCACCAGUUCGGCCUACCUGAGCAGCAGUCGGCGCUCCUCGGGCAUCUCGCCCUGCUUCUCCAGCCGGCGCUCCAGCCAGGCUUCCCAGAGCGAGGGCACGAUGGCGGCCGCCCACCACCGCCGCCUCCACAACCUCAGCUCCACUGACUCUUACGACCCCAUCUCCACUGACGCCUCCCGCCGGUCCAGCGAGGCGAGCCAGUACGGAGGUGGGACGGGAGGAGGGGGUGGAGGGAUGCUCUCGGGUGGGGGCUUUGGAGGCGUGGGAGGCGUAGGUAUGGGAGUAGGUCACGGGGGGUCCCGGGGGAUGCUCACUUUAACCCCGGCGCAGCACUACCACCUGAAAGCCAAGUAUGCAGCAGCGACUGGCGGCCCGCCUCCCACGCCUCUCCCCAACAUGGAGCGCAUGAGCUUGAAGACUCGCAUGGCCAUGAUGGACGACGGUGGCAGCAACAACUCUUUGCCGCCUCUCGUCAGGCCACAUUGCUGCGGUGACGGCACCAACGGGUACACCAACGGGUAUACGGGACACGCAGGUUACAGGAGGAGGGUGCUCUAUCCUGGCGAGGGGCCGCUGAACGGGAACCGGAGGGCCAGCGACCCGGUGCGGACGCAGCCUCGUGACAUUUGCAGCCUGCCCCCAGUGCAACGCUUCAACAGCCUUAACAACCUCCACCCUCUCCCACCUCUGUCUCAUCAGUCUACACCUGAAACUCGCAGCUUCAGCCUACAGAACUACACGCGCUCAGAGGGCAACCUGCAGAGAGGCCUGCAGCACUCGCCGUACACUCCCAGCAUCGCAGAACACGCCGCCUUAGAAGCCCUGGCCAUGGAGGACGAGGCGGGCAUGUUGCUCGGCGAUGAGGACAUGCUCCCGGACGACCUGGUGCAGUAUCUCCACUCCCAGGUUCAGGCGGAUGCUGGCUCCUACGUGCACAUUGAGGACCAAAUAGCUGCUAGCCAAAGGGACACCUCCCAGCCAUCUAUGGAGGAGAUCGAACAGACUUCAGGGUUGAACAUGGCCUUCCCCGGGUCCCACAGUCUCCAGAUAGCAGAGCAGACGAGCCCCAGCAAGCUCCCCAUCCAGUGGAACGAAGUGAGCUCCGGUAGUGCUGACAGGUCCCCUCAGAGGGAGCCAAACCGCCAGUGUGGAAGGUGGUCGGGAGCAGAACACGGAGCGCCUUUUGGCCGGUUUGGAAACAUGGUGGUUCAGCAGCAAGCGCCCCUUGACUUCCAGAACAGCUGUGCCCAGGCUAAUCAGUCUCCGAGUGCUUACUGCGUCAACCCCGGGGUGAAGCUAGAGACGUCGUCGCCGCCGAACUCCUGCAUGGAGAUGAGAGGUCACAACUCCGCAAACACCUUCGGGAGGAACUUCUCGCAGAUCGUCGACGGGCCUCUUCCGCAGGGCUUCAAACAGCCGGCCUCCAAUGGACCUCAGAAACAGAGCCACUUCCAACAAAACCACAACACCUCUUGCCAGAUCGGGAACAUCCUUAGCAGGGCUUCUCUGGACAACCUCCCCAGCCUCUCCCAGGGAACUGCUCUUCAUCAUCACAACCGGCAGGUCCACGUCCCCCGCCCGCCCAACGGUUACAGGAACUCGGUCAGGACCCAGCAGUAUCUCAAUCCUGAGAACUCUGGGGAAAUCCAGGCUGGUCUCAACCAGCAGCAACAACUGCAGAGAAGUGGGGACCACUGUUCCCUCGCGCAUCAGGUAUCUGGGCUGAAACUGGAGGCCCCAGACUACUUAGAGCAGGACUUUGGUGACUGCCUCUCCUACGAGCCAGCGGAUCACAAGGCCUCCUCGUUCCCCGUCCUGGAGGACCAGUGCUUGCUGAGCUCCAUGGCCGAGGGACAAAGCGUCGGCGGUGUCGGCGGGACCUCCGCGGCCCUUCCCUCCCCCGGUACAGACCAGGUGACCAGCACCGUGGACGGCAACGUGCCUGGUAUAUUAGACGAGGGCGUAAGCCUGGACUUUGGUGUCAUGCUGGAGGAUGGCUACGACCAGGGUAGCCUGGUCUCAGGGGUGUUGAGUCCCUCCAUCUUCCAGGGUCUGUCCAGGACCUCAUCACGCCUGACCACCCCUCGAGCGUCCGCCACCUUCCACAGCGUGGCGCCCGGCCUCAACAACAUGGCGAUCGGCGACAUGAGCUCUCUCCUCACCACGCUGGCCGAGGAGAGCAAGUUCCUGGCUAUCAUGCAGUAGCUGCUCUCCCUCUCUCUGCUUUCUCCUCCCUUAGGAACAAAAUGGAAAAAAAGGAAGAGAAAAACUCUGGUGUAUGUGAAGAUUAAGACCAAAGUGGCAAUUAUGAGAACUUUAUUAUGUACUUAAAGUGUUGUGGAACAGGCUGUUGCCAUUUAUUUUGUAAAAAAAUAUCAUCCCACACAGAGACGGGAUGUGUCAAAAUUAUGUAUAGAUAAAUAGUUAUAUUCCUUUUCUGGAAUGUAGGCUAUUUUUGGAAGCUCUUCUCUUUGUAUUUCUAUGUGACGGUGAGCAACACGUUCACUUCUUUAAAACAGUAUUCUGUGUAUUGUCACUGUUUUUUUUUGUUUUUUUUGCUGUACACACUGUUGGUAAAAAUGCAUGUAUUCAAGGUUGAGUUAAUAUGAGUACAUAGACUAGCCCAUGUGCCAAGUAUCUACAGGUACAAAUCCAUUCUGGUUACAGCAGGUUGGGUCACGAAUUUAACAGGCCCCGAUGAUAACUUUAUAUAUCAUAGGUUUUGAAUAAGUGGUGUAUUUACAUUUGUUGUCAUUUUUGUUUUGUUACUUUUGUGAAUCUGUAAAUGUUUCAGUGCUUCAACCAAGUUUUACCAAGUGGUGUUUGUAUGGUAUGGAACACAAGGCACCGUAGAUAGUCGUCUCCUUGAUAUCUUGAUUUAGUUAGUCCGGUAAGGUACUCACAAGUCUGUAUAUAACAGUGUUUUUAUAUUCUGUUUGUGGUAAUCUGAUUAUUGACGUUGGAUUGCACGGUUGUUCGGAGCCGAUAUGGAAAAAGGACAUUUUCUCCUCGAUGAUCAAAGGUCCCAUUUGGUGCUUUAUGUAUGCUUACAUAAAUAGAUAUGAGUACUUCAUGUUUUUGCGGUCCGCAGCACAUGAACUCCCCCUCUCACGAUGAUAAAUGCUGUAAAGUGACGUGUUUUGAUUUAUAGGAAAUCAUCUGUAUUGUUUCCUCCAAAGCUCUUAAAUUCAGAAUGUGUACUGCCAUCGAGUAUUGCAGUGACUUUGUCAACAGUGUUUGUAUUGCCUUGCAGUCCGAUGUGACUGAACACAGAUUAUCGAGUAGUUUAUUCAAAGCAAUGAGGUACAAUUUUUUGUUUUACUGGUACGUUUUGUCAUUUUUGUAGCUGUGCAUUGAUGGUGUUUUUUUUUUUUUUUUCUUCAAAGAAGUAGAAAUCAUUUCCUUUGAAAGAAGGAAAUUACAUUGAGGUAUGUGCCUUAUACGUAAAGAGAAAGAUCACUGCCAAUCUUCCAUUGUGAAUUAUGAGAAAAAUUUAAAAUAAACAUGUAAAGUGUUUUGAGAGACCUGAGAAAAAAAAGAUAAAAUGACAGAACAUUUAUAUAAGAAAAGUCUGACUAUCAGAAAAGUUAAGAUUUGCGAAAUGCAUUCUACUUUUCUUUGAUUUUUUUUUUUGAUUUUUUUUUUAAGUUUUCACAUUUAUUGUGCUCUUUUAUAUAUAAUGUGUAAAUACAAUACUCUUUCUGUAGGUUUAGCAGAGGAAAUGGGGAGUAUCCUGGGGCCAAUAAAGAAUUGACUUUGAAAGCAGGGAUUCCCAGGCCCUGGGUCGAGGCCAGACACAUCUGGCUCAGAGCGGAGCGCCGAGUGCCCAGCACUGCCACGCCACCGCCACAAGAGCCACUUUGCUCUUUUAUAACUGACUACAAAUGUUUGUAUGGUUUUAAUAAAAACAAGAAAAGAAAUUAAAAAGAUUAUAUUUUAAGUCUCUUUUCUUCUUCAUAUACUGGUUCAUACACAUAGGAGGGCUGUCAGAAGCAAAUUCAUUUUAACGCCACU